UUCCACCACCAGUUACGCAUGUUCUCAGUAAUUUUCAGGUCUGGGUUCAAGGACGUCUUUAUUAUUUCCCCGUUUUCGAGUCCUGAUGUGAUAUUUUCUAUAUUUUACUCGUGAAGGGUGAGUGAAAAGUACGUCAGAGUCAUGAAAUGAGGGUGUGGCUGGUUGCUGUGGUCUGAUGGGUCGAUGAGUCUCAUCUAAUCUGGAGAUAUUUUUCAUAAUCAAGAUGACGGACGACGAGUCGGUUUCGAACAUGAAGAGGCAGAAUGUCAGGACUCUGUCCCUCGUCGUUUGUACUUUUACGUAUUUGUUGAUUGGAGCUGCUGUUUUCGAUGCUCUCGAGUCCGAUACUGAAAGAAAACGAUGGGAAUUUUUAUCAGAAAUCAAGAGAAACAUGAUCAGGAAGUAUAACAUCUCUCAGGAAGACUACAGAAUGGUGGAGAUUGUUAUAAUUGAGAAUAAACCCCAUAAGGCUGGACCACAAUGGAAAUUCGCUGGGGCAUUUUAUUUUGCAACUGUUGUACUCGCCAUGAUCGGAUACGGGCAUUCAACGCCAGUGACAGUCUGGGGAAAAGGUUUCUGCAUGUUGUAUGCUACAAUUGGAAUUCCUCUGGGUCUAGUAAUGUUCCAGAGUAUCGGUGAACGUUUGAAUAAAGUAGCAUCUGUCGUCAUCAGAAGAAUGAAGAAGUACAUGAGGUGUCACAGAACUGAAGCAACUGAAAUGAAUCUCAUGCUUGCAACUGGAGUUCUCUCCAGCAUCAUAAUCACUACAGGUGCAGCUGUUUUCUCUCGUUACGAAGGGUGGAGCUACUUCGAUAGCUUCUACUACUGUUUCGUCACACUGACGACAAUAGGAUUUGGAGAUUAUGUUGCUCUACAGAACGACCAAGCCUUAUCGACAAAACCCGGAUACGUCGCCCUGAGUCUUGUAUUCAUUCUGUUCGGAUUGGCAGUUGUCGCUGCCAGCAUCAAUCUCCUGGUUCUUCGAUUCAUGACGAUGAAUGCUGAAGAAACGAGGAGAGACGAGAGUGAGCUUCAAGCCUCUUCACAUCAUGUUCUCACGUUAGACGGUGAAGUCCUAGCUGUCAACGGAAAAUUACUGUCAAGUCAUGUACCAAUGAUCCAUGAAACUGAUGACUGCGUCAGUGUCUGCUCGUGCACCUGCCUAGGUACAGCCACAACCGAGCUCAUUGACUCUUCAGGGUAUCAGGGAUAUCGUCCACCAUCUAGCAGUGCUAGUCUUCGUGUGAAACGUGCGUCCGUUUGAUGGAAGGAGUAUCGACGUCGCAGCCAAAUUCGUCGGUUGGGGAGAAUCGAUAGCAGAGAACGCCUUGGCAGCAGUGGUUGAUUAAUCAUUGAGAUAAUCCACUAUUUGAUGUGGCAUGAUCUCGAAAUUCAUGAACAAUAGAAUCGAGGAAACAACAGUUGCUAAUUUUUAAGAAUGCCAAAUAGGGAAUUCAUUCCCUCAAUCGUAUAAAGACUGAUUUCAUUGGAAUAAGGAAUUAAGGGGAUAAUUAGAUGUAUUGGACGUAUUAUUUUCGUAUGAACAAUAUAUGAUAUAUGCAUGGAGAAAGUACAAUGAAUAGGAGUAAAGGAAUUGUAACGACUAUUCGCUUAUGAUGUUAAUCGAUGUUUUAGGUAGUCUAUUUUAUCACUGAGGGAUGUAUCGGAAUCGUGGAGCUUAUCGAUGUAUUGAUGUUAUAUUGUAAUCAUGACAAAUACAUGUUGAACGUAAUUAGACAUUUUUGGGUAAUUUU